AACGAAACGCGCCAAAACAAAAUUCCAAAUAUACGCAAACGGUUUCUGCGGUGGUAAAUUUUCUUCAGUAGUCAUUUUUUGUUGUCUUUCACGUCAAAAUGCCUAAACGGAAGCUCCCUUUGUGGAUGCGCGAUUCGGAAUCGUCCCCGGUACCUGAUCCGAGGAAACGUGUCCUGUCCGAGGUAACCGAAUCGAACGGAAUUGAAGCUGAGAAGGAUUCGAAUGUAAAAUCUUUUAAGGUUCAAGAUACCGUAAUCGAUUCCGAAAGUAAGGCCUUGAUUGAACAAACCUCAGCCAUAGAAGAUGCUGAAAAUACCCCCCGACGAAGAUUGCGUAGUAAUUUUAAAAUAUCGGAUGAAAUUCCCAAACAGGAACCGACCGUACAGUUAAAAAUUGAAGAUGUCCCUUACAUCGAGUACAAAGGUCGAAUCGAGUACUUCACUGAUAUGCGGGAUAUUGCCUUCGCUUGCGAUCAGUUGGUGCAGUGGGUGGAUAAACAGCCACCGGAGCAAGAGCAAAUUCCUAUAGCAUUUGAUUUGGAAUGGCCGUUCAGCUUUCAAACUGGACCCGGUCGAGUAGCGUUGAUGCAGCUCUGUGCAGACACCGAUUUGUGCUAUUUGUUUCAGAUUUCUUGUCUGAAAAAGCUUCCGGCGGCAAUGCUAGCACUUUUGAACCAUCCCCGAGUACAGCUGCACGGUGUUAAUGUCAAGAAUGAUUUCCGUAAACUUGCUCGAGAUUAUCCCGAAGCAUAUGCCGACAAAAUGAUAUCACAGUGCGUGGAUCUGGGACAGUGGUACAACCUGAUCUAUGGUUCCCGUGGAAUCUGGAGUAUGGAACGGUUAGUUUUGCAAGUUUGCCGGCUGCGUAUAAGCAAGAACAAAAAGGUACGCAUGAGCAAAUGGCAUGUCCUGCCGCUGAGUGAUGAUCAAAAGAUGUACGCGGCCAUCGACGUUUAUAUUGGCCAAGAAAUCUACCUCAAACUAAAGGAUGCUGAGACAAAGCUGCAAAAGGAACGUGAUGAAUUAGCAAGCGCACUUAACCCGGAAUCUGUAACGGCUUAAUACAGAUCUACCGAAUUGACCAUCGGCUACACCGA